UUGGGACGCCCCCUCUUCUAUAAACAGUUCCUGCAUUAUAAGAAUAGUUUCUGUAAAUGAAUGGCACCGGAAAGACUUUCUGGAUGUAAAACUUCUCACUCUGACCCAGUUUUUUACCUAUUUUAUCUGAACACGGACGUCUUUACUUGCAAGGAAUGGAAGGAAACCUGUGAGGAAAAAGAGAAAUAGAAACUAUAUUUUGGUUUUGUGUACCGCACGAGAACGCUGAGGCACCUGCCUCUAAGAAGCACCGCCUCUCGCUGCAGAGACCAUGACAAUAGUAAGACAGCCUCUUGCAAACGAUAAAGUUUCGGGAAAUUAAGGCGAAUGACUUUUUACCGGUACUACUGGAGUUUUGUGGAGUGGCUUAUUUCCUAGACUCCUGAAGUGGGACGAUUACGCCGCAGACUGGGACGAUCCAACUGUGUGUGGUACUUCAUUUCUGUUUUUCGCAGCUACAGUUGCUGACCUUGAUCAACCAGAGAAACACUUAUUUUCCUAACAUGAAAGAAGGAGUAGAUAAUCCUGUUUUCUAUGACACUGUGGAUUCUUUGCAACUGAAAAAACAUGCAGAUGAGCCGGAUAUAAGCAGCCCAACAGACGACACUACUAUUUCAAUAAAGCAGUCCUCGUCGUUUGAUACAUUUGAGGAAGGUCCAUGUGGUUGGGGCAGUUUUACUCCCAAUGCCAUACAAUGUUGCAACAAUCCUAAAGGUUACUUGGCGUUUUACAGUUUGUUGGGAGUAAUGCAAGGUGCAUCAGUGAAUGGAUUGAUUAACGUCAGCAUAUCAACAAUUGAAAAGCGGUAUCAACUUAGCAGUUCGCGUACUGGAGUAGUUGCUGCCAGCUAUGAUAUUGCCUUUUGUGUGUUGUCGCUUUUUGUGUCAUUUAGUGGAGGAAGAGGGCACAAACCUAGAUGGAUGGCCUUUUCAGCUUUUAUGAUAGGCCUAGGAGCUCUUGUAUUUUCUCUGCCUCAUUUUAGUAGUGGAUUGUAUGAGUAUGGUGCUGAAAUUAGAGGUACCUGUUUAGUUCCUGGAACAAAUGUCACUGAUCCCUUCUGUGAUGCCAACAAAGACUCCUCACUUUCCAACUACCUAUAUGUCUUUAUCCUGGGGCAACUACUUAUGGGAGUGGGAGGAACUCCGUUAUACACUAUAGGGACAGCUUUUAUAGAUGACAGUGUACCCACUCAUAAAUCAUCCCUUUAUAUAGGUAUUGGAUAUUGCAUGUCAGUGCUGGGCCCUGCUGUUGGCUAUCUUUUAGGGGGACAGUUGCUGAAUCUCUACAUCGACAUCAACCAUGUGAACAGUGUGCUGCAUCCUGAUGAUUCUCGUUGGCUUGGUGCUUGGUGGGUCGGUUUUCUGAUAUGCUGCUUUAUAUCAUGGUGUCUCAUUCUGCCUUUUUCAUGUUUUCCAAAACACUUGCCAGGCACAGCAAAAGUUCAAGCAGAAAAGGUUUCUCAGGCGCAUAAUGACGGAAGUGAAAAUAUUGCCAAUCAAAGAAAUAUUGGAAAAAGUUUUAAAGAUUUUCCAGUGGCUCUUAUGCUAUUGCUGAAAAACCCUGUAUUCAUGUGCCUAACAAUAGCCAGUGCAGGCGAAGGUCUAAUUACCAAUGGCUUUGUUACAUUUUUACCAAAAUUCAUUGAAAAUCAGUUUGGACAGACAUCCAGCUUUUCAGCACUUCUUGGAGGAUCUAUAAUCAUUCCUGGAGCCGCAGCUGGACAGCUAAUUGGAGGAGUUGUUAUCUUCAGACUCAGAAUGACAUGCAGACAAAUUAUAGGGUUUUCAAUAGUCACUUCCAUUAUAUCAUUUGUAUUAUCAUCAGUUUUUAUCUUUAGUAAAUGUGGGAAUGAGUUGUUUGCUGGUGUCACGGAAUAUUAUAAUGGGACUGGUGUGCCAGGAAACUUAAGUGCUCCUUGUAAUGCACACUGCAGUUGCAUAUAUUCGCACUAUGAUCCAGUAUGUGGUGUAGACGGCAUCCAAUAUUUCAGUCCGUGCUUUGCAGGCUGUGCAGUUUCUGGAACUGAGAGUGGACAAAAGGUUUAUGGUAAUUGCUCCUGUAUCAGAAAUGCCACACUUGUAUCUCCUGCCAGCAACUUUACAUACGAGGCAUUUGAAGGAAAGUGUACUGUCUCAUGCAACAAGCUGCCGUUAUUCUUGUCAAUUUUCCUUAUUCUUGUUGUAUCUAUGUUUAUGACAGCAACUCCAAUCACUACAAGCAUCCUCAGAUGUGUGCCAGAUAAGGAACGUUCAUUUGCUCUUGGUGUUCAGUGGUUGUUUAUACGACUAUUAGGUUCCAUUCCAGGGCCAGUUUUGUUUGGAGUUGCUAUUGAUAGUUCCUGCAUUUUGUGGAACAUAGAUGAAUGUGGUACUGAGGGAGCCUGCUGGACAUAUGACAAUCCAAGAAUGUCUGACAUGUUGCUAACCAUCAGUGGAAUUUGCAAAGCAAUUACUAUACUCUUCAUUAUAUUAGCCUUUGUACUCUACAAGCCUCCAUCCAAAUUUGAUGAAUAUGAAGAAAAGCAAGAGGACUGUGAAAAUUCCUCUUCUACAAAUCCUUCUUUUCUGACUGAAGUUUUAUGAAAAGAACUAGGCCUUAGAAACUGUUUUUCUUGUAACAAACACCUAAGCACAAAUACGUGCAACAGCUGUACAUACUUGAAGCUUCUUCAGACAGUGGUUGUAUAAUCAGCAGUUUGAUAUGUAGUUUCUGAAUUUACAGUUGUCAUAAAUUCCAGCUGUAUCUGGACAAAUCUGCCUCUGUUGUGUUAAACCCACUUACAUGGUACAUGUACCUAAUCAGGCAAAGGUUUAGUUCACUUCAGUGACACCUUUAGUGUCAUGGUUUUGUACUAUUAUGUUCUCAUAUAUGGGGCAUAAUUCUGUUGGCUGAACCUUUCCACCUUAAGCCACCAGUGUGGACAAAACACAGAUCAUGUGUUGUAUUCAUGCAUCUACCAUUAUUUUGCCUCCUGUCUGUUUGAGACAAGCUGAUUGUCCCCUUAUUGGGUUCUAGCUCUGGGUAAGAAUAUGAUGUGGUAAGAAGAAAAAGAUUUAUCAGAAAGACCACAGCAGUGAGGAGACAAAGUGAACAUGCAUAUCGUAGUUGAAGAGUGAAGCAUAUUAAGAUCAUUUAAUAUGCAUAGGAAAUAAUUGGGAACUGAAUUAAAUAAAACAAGCAGAUGCCAACUUA